AUGUUUUGUGAUACUGACAAGGAACUGCAACAGAACUCAGCCAAAUUUUGGCAACCUUACUUACCUUCGAAUAAUACUGUAUUGUAUCAAGGUCCUUUGUUUGAGCUGUCAAAAAAUGGGGAGUUGAAAGAAAGAAAAUACAAACUGACAGACUCGUUUUUAUUGAAAUCAAUGAUAGGGUCUCAUAAGGUAAAAAAGAUGACUAAUGUCAAUUGGAAACGAAUUGAACCAUUUAUAGAGGAAAAUUGUGUUAAUAGCUUCUAUGGGUUCAGAGUUGGGUACAAGGACUGCUACAGAGAUUUUUAUGUAGACAGUCAGGAAACAUUAGACAUUUGACUUGGACAUCUGGCUAAGGUGGGUAUCAUGCCAGAUAUUGAGGAUGAUUUCAUAUUUAUUCGAGAAAUUGGGAAAGGAAACUAUGCUACUGUUUUUCUUGCUGAAAGCAAAGAAGAUUACCGAAAAUACGCAAUAAAACGUAUCCAAAAAUCAAGGAUUAGUGCAAUGACUAAUGGAAUAAAUUCUAUAGUCAGAGAGAUUGAUAUCAUGAGGAAGCUUGACCAUCCAAAUAUUGUUAAGCUUUAUAAUGUUUAUGAAAACGACUCUGAGAUUUGCUUAGUCCUUGACUAUUUAGAAGGCGGCAAUUUAUAUGAGAGGAUAAAUCAGAAAAAAAGGUUUUCUGAAGCAACUAUCAGAACAUUUGCAAUUAGGUUUUUUGACGUUCUUUCCUAUCUCGAUUCAAUGCAUAUAGUUCACAGAGACAUCAAGCUAGAAAAUAUAAUCCUUACUUCUAAGUCAAAUGACUUUGAAUUUAAAUUAGCUGACUUUGGAAUUGCUGAUUAUUGCAAAGAAAAUUUAACCUUAAGAUGCGGGUCACCUGGCUACAUCGCUCCAGAAAUACUUAGAAAAGAUGUAUAUAACACAAAAGUGGACGUUUUCAGUGCAGGAGUAGUUUUAUAUAUACUUUUCUGUGGUAAAAUGCCAUUCUUCGGCACUAAUGUUAAUGAGAUUCUAUUAAAAAAUAAGGAAUGCCACAUUCAUUUUUACGAUUAUGAGUGAAGGCAAGCAUCCAAAGAGUUUAUCAGCGUGAUUUUAAACGUAACAGAGCCAGCUCCCAGAGAGAGGCUGACAGCUAAACAAAGCCUUGAGUUCGACUGGUUUUCUUUGGACUUGCCUUCUAGAAGGAGCUCUCACUCUUCAGUCCAUGAAAACCCUCUAAAUCAGAAUUUAGCAAUUAAUGAAGACCAGAAACCAAGAUGCCUUUCCAAAGGAAACAAAUGCAGUGAUAUAAAAGGUAAUGCUAAGAUAUAA